GCGUACUCGUGAGUUUUACCGACGAUAGUGAGCGGCGAGGUUGUGCUUAUGUGAGGGAGGCAGCGGAGGAGCAGGAGGAGAGGGCGGAGGUGGUCGGGCUAUCUUGCGACUUUCGCCGGCCGACCGGUCUGCCGAUCUCGAAGCUGCGCUUGACGAAGGCAGACUGAGAGGAAGGAGAAGAAGACGAGAUGGCUCCCGCCCCCAAGCGUGUGCUUGUUACCGGAGCUGCAGGCCAAAUCGGCUAUGCGCUGGUCCCCAUGAUUGCCAGGGGCCACUUGCUGGGUCCCGACCAGCCAAUCAUCUUGCACAUGCUCGACAUUCCCCCAGCCGCAGAGUCAUUGGAAGGGGUGAAGAUGGAGCUCCUUGAUGCUGCCUACCCUCUCUUGCACGGGAUCGUCGCUACAACGGAUGUGACCGAGGCGUUCACGGGUGUGGAUAUUGCAAUUAUGGUGGGAGGAUUUCCACGCAAGCAAGGAAUGGAGAGAAAGGAGGUGAUGGGGAAGAAUGUCUCCAUCUACAAGGCGCAGGCCUCGGCACUCGCAAAAUUUGCCUCCAAGGAUGUCAAAGUUGUUGUUGUGGCAAAUCCGGCGAACACGAAUGCACUCGUGCUGAAGGCGUCCACUGAGGGGAACAUCUGUCCCAAGAACAUCACCUGCUUAACUAGACUGGAUCAUAACAGGGCAUUGGCGCAAAUUGCGGAGAGAUUGGGGGUCACCAGCAAAGAUGUGAAGAAUGUGAUCAUCUGGGGCAACCACUCCUCCACACAAUACCCAGACGUGAACCAUGGAACGGUGACCUUGGCCGACGGCAAGGAGCAUAACAUCCGCGAUGCAGUCAGUGAUGAUGCUUGGCUGAAUGACGAAUUUAUCAAGAUUGUGCAACAACGAGGAGCAGCGAUCAUCAACAAGCGAAAGCUAUCCAGCGCCCUCUCUGCUGCCAGCUCUGUGUGUGACCACGUCCGUGACUGGAUGCUGGGCACAGCUGAGGGCACAUGGACCUCCAUGGGAGUUGUUUCUGAUGGAUCAUAUGGUGCGCCGGCUGGAGUCGUUUACUCCUUCCCCGUGACGACGAAGGAUGGCGAAUGGACAAUCCAAUCUGGCAUGCUUUGCCACUACCAGAGCAGCUCAGAUGUGUCGAACCCACUGGGAUGGACGGCGGUCCGUCAGGAUCAAGACGAAGGGGACGAGGAUGAGGGAGAUGGAGAUGGAGGGGAUGAGGAUGAGGGACAUGGAGAUGGAGGAGAUGAGGAUGAGGGAGAUGGAGAUGGAGGGGAUGAGGAUGAGGGAGAUAGAGGGGAUGAGGAUGAGGGAGAUGGAGAUGGAGGGGAUGAGGAUGAGGGAGAUGGAGAUGGAGGGGAUGAGGAUGAGGGAGAUGGAGAUGGAGGGGAUGAGGAUGAGGGAGAUGGACAUGGAGAUGGAACCGGAAGGGACAGUGCAGCUGCGACGCAUACUCAACACGCACGUACUCCAAACUGUGCAAAUGAAGAAUGAAAUGAAAAACAGACUGCAGCUGGGUUAUACCCCCAGCGGAGUGACUGGCCUGGCCUGGCCUGGCCUGGUCUGGUACCGACAGUGGUACCGGGCAGAGAAGUGACGGGACUGAAUGAAUACACAGCCUCUCUGUGGGGUCAGUCCGUGGCCUGGUCCCACAGGCCGAACAGGCAAAAUACACAGAUAGAUAGCCCUGGCUGGCUCUAGGUCAGGGCAGCCAGAGGCAUGCUGCAUCGGAGCAAAUUCCACAAAGUGGGCAAUCUGGCUGGAUCUAUUUCAUAACCUCUGACAGUGUUUCUCCAUGUUGUCGUGACACAUUCCAAUCAACAUCACUGAAUGGA